AUGGAGAUGCUACCAACUGAAGAAGAAGUCAAAGAAGCAGUAUUUUCCUUGAAUGGAGAAAGUGCUUGUGGUCCUGAUGGAUUCACAGGAUUGUUCUUUCAAUCCUGCUGGGAGAUAGUCAAACUAGAUGUGGUGGAUAUGGUGAAGGCAUUCUUUGUGGGGCAAGAACUACCAAGAUUCAUCACUCAUACAAAUCUGAUUCUUAUCCCUAAGAAAGAGCAGGUGCAAAGUUUCUCAGACUCCGAGACCAAUCGGUCUCAAAGCAACUUUUACCAACAAGAUCAUCUCAAGGGGAAGGAGUAUUAUGGAGAAUGUAUUACUCACACAGGAGAUUGUCAACGAUAUAAACAAGAGAACCAAAACAACAAAUGUGGUGGUAAAUUGGAUAUGACCAAGGCAUAUGAUAGAGUCUCUUGGCUCUUCCUAACCAAAGUUCUUAGGAAAUUUGGUUUUAGUGAGUCAUCAAGGGGAGUUAAACAAGGUGAUCCUCUAUCCCCUCAUCUCUUCAUUCUAGCUGCUGAGGCCUCAUCAAGGGGACUAAAUGCUUUGUAUAAAAAGCCAAGGUUUGUGGAGUAUGGUGUGCCAAAAUGGAGUUCAAGAAUUAAUCAUUUGUCAUAUGAUGAUGACACAAUUCUCUUUGUCUCUGCUGACCAAUACUCAGUAAAACUGAUGAUGAGAGUGUUAAAUAGAUAUGAGAAAGUAUCAGGCCAGUUGGUGAAUUGGAAUAAGAGUGCCUUCUAUGUUCAUGAAAAGGUGCAGAGUGGCUUGGUUUCAAGGCUGAAACAAACCACAGGAAUUAGGCAAGGCCUCUUUCCAUUCACUUAUCUGGGAUGCCUAAUAUUCUAUAGUAGGAACAAAAUUUCACAUUAUGAUACAGUUGUGAAAAAGAUUGCCCAAAAGGGUGAAUGCAUGGCAAGGGAGACUACUGUCAUAUGGAGGAAGAGCAACACUAAUAUCUCAUGGACAUGA